GUAGCAACCAGUGGAUCUUGCUUGCCCACCACUUCUACCCCUUGACCCCAACUACCGCCUUUGGGCACAUUGGUGACUCCCACACAUUUGCCCAACCACACACGCACAUGGUGGUCCUCUACCCUUUGCUUGUAUAGUUGUAUCCAACCACCAGCCACCCGCUUCCUCCUCAUCGCUGAACAACAACCAAAGCUAACCCAGCAAGAAAUCAGCUAGCUCCAAGCCGCCGGCCGGGAGGAGGAUGAAGAGAGAAGUAUGGCAGCACGGCACCAACAGGAUCAACCGCAACAAGCUACUCAGGGUCGCCGCCACAGCAUCCGACAGCGAGGAGACGGCGAUUGGGGCGAUGACGCUCGGGAAGGCGCCGGCCAAGCCGACGAACGCGUCCAAGACCACGGGCAAGUGCCGGCGACCGCGCUGCGCCGGCUGCCACUACCACCCAACCACCAAGGCCCGCGACAAAGCCAAAGGGGCGCACAAGCUGCACGCCUGCGACGUCGCGCUCAACCACCGCCUCGUAUCCUGGCGCGCCGUCGACGGCGGUGGCGCCGGGAGCUCGGGAAUCCCAGCAGACUACAAGGGCACCUCGGCGUCAUCCUUGCUAGCCUACCUGGCGGGCAGCGGCAGCAGCUGGCAUGAGGACGACGACGAUUGUGCCUCUCUUGAAACUGCUCCGCCGAUCGACGGUGGGCUGUCUAACCUGUACGAUCUCAUCGUCGGCCGUCGCGCAAAUGUCACCGUGCUGUGCGGGGAAGAAGCUGAUCCGGCGCGUGCCACUGACUUAGCAGUAGGAGACACCGAUGCAAUUGAAGAGUCGGGGCAGGACGGCGAUUAUGUCAAGGAAGAUGAGGAUGAUGAAGAAGACAUGGGAUUCUGCAUGGUCGGCAUCACUAUCGCGGUGGAGUUCUCCGACGGGGAGGAGGACUGGAUCGUGGUGGAGGAGAUCUGAUUUGAUCUCGUCAAAUUGCAUACAAGACAUGCCAGACGAGGCCGAUCCAUUCCUCUGGCUCUGCUCUGUCCUGUCUCUCCCAUCUGGGUGGUGUGUAUAUACUGUCUGCUCUGUUCUUCAUGUGCAUGUGUAUAUGGUGGUUGCUAAUCUGAUUGUGAUCAUGGAUUUCGUAUUUGUGAAUAAUAAAGUGGAGAAGUGUAUUCUUCUUCAGUUACUGGUGAUUCAUGGAAUUGCAAAAAUGGGGCAGAUGCCUGGAUGCUCAUCUGAUGAUUUCCAGGUGUUUUUGUCCCCGUUCAUUUUCUGUUGGAA